GUCAAAGUGUAAACACGACUAGGUUUUUAAGCUCAUGUUUGGUUAAGUUUCUACCUAUGGGUUGAGGAUAGAAAUAAAAAAACAACAUCGGAAAUGAGAUUCCCCGCAUUUUCCCUUCUUCCUGUACUUGUCUCCAUCGCGUCAGCUCUCACCGGGUAUGACGUGAACGACAUCAUCAGGGAACGCUGCUGUCCCGGUGACGACUGCUACCCCUCCCAGGAGCAGCUAGCGGCGCUUAACACGCAGAUGGAAGGGCGGCUGCUACUUCCGGCCAUGGACGAGUAUCGGAACCAGUCACAUAUGUAUAACACGCUCGAACAAAGGUUUCCGAACCUAAUAGCAAUGGUCAAAAGCGCCAAGGACAUCCAAGCGGUGGUCAAGUUUGCCCAUGCGCACAACCUACAUGUGACCGUGCGCAGUUCCGGUCACGACUACAUGGGCAGAUCCACGUGGGAGGGGAGUUUUCUGAUUAAUCUCUCCGAAAUGAAUGAAAUGGAGAUCGACCUCAACUCAAGUCGGUCUCAGUACGGGACGGUUAAAGUACAAACCGGUCUACAGUGGCAGGAAAUAUACCAAAAGCUGAACGCGGUGAGUCGCGUGGUGGUGGGCGGAAGUGCCCACACGGUGACCCCUGGCGGUUACACCCUUGGAGGCGGUCACAGCCCCGUGUCUCGCUCUUUGGGGUACGCGGUAGACAAUCUUCUCGAGGUUCAGAUCGUUUUCGCCGACGGCUCGAUCGCCACGUGCACGGAGUCCCGAACAGUCAUUAAGACUUACGACGGAAACUUCCAGUACGUCGAGAACGGGGACCUGUUCUGGGCGCUACGGGGCGGUGGCCAUUCAUUCGGGGUGGUUGUCUACUUCCUGUUCCGUCUUCAUCCGAUGCCAAAAGGGAUGGUAACCUUCGCGUCCACCAUAGCUAUUGACAUUCCUGCUUUUGGCAUCAAUUAUUUCAACGCGACCAUGCUACUGCUUAGGGAUCUUAUUGUAACAAUGCCUACUCAAUGGGGUGGCUACUGGAUGAUCAACAACGGCCCGGGAACCUUUCCAGUUGGCGAAAGCGUCAUUCAAUAUAGAGGGCUUCUUAGUCUGUACUUCAACAAGUUUGGCGCUUGGGAUGGCACGGAAAAGGCAGUUUUCAAGUCAUUCACCGACUGGGCUACGGCUGCGAACGUUCCGUUUACGUUUGCAAAUAAAUCCGACUUUUGGGACUUCGAGAAAGACGCUGCUGAUCCUCCGAUAACGCGCGCGUACCUGGCGAACAGUCUUCUGCAACCGGAACUAUUGACGGAGGAGUUUGUGAGUUUUAUGCACAGUGGCUUGUUUUUGACAUCUGAGUACCUGGCGUGCACGGGAGCUACUCUUGGAGGAAAAACGACCAAUGAGCCCUCAGGCGGCACCCCGCUACAUCCGGGCUACCGCUCCACGAUAACGAGUCUAUCUUGCGGCAUUGUCUUGAAUGACGCGGACAAAGAUCUCCUGGAUCAGCCUAACAAGGACCAGGAGCGAAUUGAGGGAUUCUGGCCAUUCGCAGAGGGUCUCCGAAAGUACGGUCGCGGGAUGUACGUGAACGAGGCGUGGAAAGACAACCCCUACUGGAGGGAGGACUUCUGGGGAUCCAAUUAUGACCGUCUGCUCAGCGUCAAGCUCCGCUUCGACCCGAAGAACUUCUUUACGUGCCAUCACUGCGUCGGCUCCGAGCAUCUGCCGGGUCCUAAAGACGGAACAUCGGUGGCAGCGCGAAUGGCCGCUCCCUGGCUUCUUGUCGUGCUUGUCAUGGGACUAAUAAGGUGAUGGAUGUGCUAUGUUAUGAUGUUAUAUGUUCACAGUAAAAUAUACCACAUGCCUGUAAAGAAAAUGGUAUCAUUGGUAAGAAAUGACAGCGAGAAGCAUUUUCAUUUGUACAAUAGAAGGGUUUGCGUGGGGAUCAUAAAAGAAUAAAAUUCCUUUGAAAAUAUUGAGAAAAAUCACAAAAUUCACACAACAUGUUUAGAAUUGCAGGGAAUAAGCGGGAACUUCAUCAUAAGGGGUAAAUCGGGAAAAACGAAAACUUUGGGAAAAUAUAUAAAGCUCAGGGUUUCUUAAUAGAGGGGGGGACUGUAACAAUUUUUUGUUGUUGGGAAUAUAGGAAUAAUGUGUAUACCGCAACGUUGUUUAUUUAACCCUUUCCCACUCAGAGGCAAAGUGAAACUGGCUAUGUGCAAACAGCAUAAAACCAGAUCAGCCUGCGAGUAGCUAGCAAUCUGUUCAGGCUUAAUGUUGUUUGACGCUCAUCAGUAUCUAAGGGUUGGAAAUGAAGCUUUGAAAACUUGAGUCUAGUAAGAAAGGUCUUAAAUUAAAUUUAACUUUCAACUGGAAUACAAAUGGGUCAAAAUACGUAUCUAAGUGGUAAAGGGAUAAGGUUUUAUGAAGAAAUUGAAGUAUUUUCUUUCAUUUAAAAGGAUAAUAUGUAUUUGUAAAAUACAUUAUUUCAUAAGCAUGCUACUGGUCUAUAUCAACACAAAAUGCGUUAUUUUUGCUAUAAAGGUAGGGCUUCGCUCUAUAAUGGUUGCCUCCAACUGCUGUGAGGGGAUAAAUUAACGUUUAUUAAUUUUAAUAGUUCAUCAUAGUAAAGUAAGGAUCUUUUUCUAAAAUUCGAGUAAAAUUCAUAUUUGGUAUGCAUGUGUAUAUGGAAAAGGCCUUUCCAUGCGCUCACAAAUUUUAACCCCUGUGACCUUGACCUUGAACUUAGGGUCCUCGUUUAAGUUUCGAAAUCUGCGUUUAGGUUUCGAAAAAAGCUCAUAACUUCUAUGUCUCUUGAGAUAUAACCUUCAUAUUUGGUAUGCAUGUCUAUAUGGACAAGGCCUUUCCGUACGCACGAAAACGUUAUCCCUGUGACCUUGACCUUGAACUUAGGGUCUGUGUUUAGGUUUCAAAAUCUGCGUUUAGGUUUUGAAAAAUGCUCAUAACGUCUAUGUCCCUUGAGAUAUUACCUUCAUAUUUGGUAUGCAUGUGUAUAUGGACAAGGCCUUUCCAUACGCACACAAAUUUUGACCCCUGUGACCUUGAACUUAGGGUCCGCGUUUAGGUUUCGAAAUCUGCGUUUAGGUUUUGAAAAAAGCUCAUAACAUCUAUCAAGCGUUUAUAGGGGGCAUAAGUCAUCCUAUGGUGACAGCUCUUGUUCAUCAAGGAAUACCACAAAUACAUUUUGAUUGAUAUGCAUGAAUUUGUAGCACAUAAAAUCAACUAUUCGUACCAUGUGUUGUUUUUAUCACUCUGCAAUCCAUAAGAAAACGUAGUAAGCAUGUUACAGUAUGAGUAUUUAAAUCAUAAUGGAAUAUAAUGUACAUUGUUUGCAGUUUUGUGUAUUCUGUACACUAAAUCAGAUACAUUAAAUCUAUGUUAUGAUUAAUGAUAAUAGUGAUAUUCACUAUAAAAUAUUCUUUAAAUCAUAAUAAAUACACUGUAUUGCAAGGUUGCAAGGUAUGUGUUCUAAAAAUAUCACUUAAACUGUUGUAGUUCAUAUUGACAUCAAGAUAUGUAAUGUGCAUGUAAAUGUAUGUGUUUUUGUUAUGUGUAUAUUAUUUUUUAACGUUUAACAAACAUUUUGUUGUGUUAAGUUAAGAUAUGGUGACGUGUUGCAUUAAAUAUGUAGUGUUUAUUUCUUUAAUUUUGUCUUAGUCAAAAAGGAGGUUUUUGAACCCCUAUGAUGCAAUGAGUGAAUUAUUUUUUCUAUUUGCACUUAUGCUAAGUUUGUUUAUUUAUUGACUAUAAAUACAUUGUUGAUAACACAUCAUGUAUAUGCAAUUGACAAUUUACUGUUUCCAUAGCAAGUGUCAACUUAAUUAAUGUUUUCUCUUUAAUUUGAUCAAUAGUUGAACAAAAAACAAAAAAUAUAUAUAUGUCAGUAAAGAUGCACAACACAAAUUGUAUUUUUAGCAGUUAUUCUUUUUGUGUCAUGCUGGAAGCUAUACAAAUUGUUCAAUUUCUGAACACAGCAUAUUGCCAGAAAAUUUCAAUACCUUUUGAAUAAUAUGAAUAUAUUUACCAUGUUCCAUAUCUGUCAAGAGCAUAUUUAGUUGAUUUUGCUGUUAUUUUUGUCUCAAAUUCUUCAAAAUUGUAAUAAAUAUGAACAAAAUACUUUUGUUUCCAUGGCAACCAUGAGAUUUUAAUGAUUUAUAAUACUGCGAUUAAUUCUGUACUUUGUAAUGAAUAAUGUUCAUCCACAUACGCGAACAAUGGAGUUAGUAUCAACACAAACUGAUCAGCAUAACUUGUAAUGAUACUCCUUGAUUUGAAACGUCAUUUCAUACAAAACGGCGCUAUUCACGUUUGUGGCAUGAUACACACAAAUGGCAUAACUUCGUCAUUUUUAGGAAUUCGAUGCUCAAAUUUCAGAUUUUGAUUAUUAAGAUGUAACACUUUCAUAAUAUGUGCUUAACUGAAAGAGUCAUUUUUUUACCAGAAUAGUCAAAAUCGCGUUCCCAGCCACAUUUAUGUUAUAUUAUUAUUAUUAUCAUCAUCGGUAUUAGAACAUGCCAAUGAAACUGUUGAAAGUAUUAUUAUGCUUUCAAUAAACAUAUAUACAUUAA